UGUGCUUUAUGUGUGCCUGUUCCCUCUUUGGCCCUCUAUCAUAAACUGGCUCCUUUCACCUGCCUGUGAUUUAAGUUCAGGUUUGACACUUUUACUUUGAAGGAGCCCGGCAAACACGUUUUCACUGCCGGAAAACGUGUUCCCACGACUUCCGGUGUGCUUGGAGGGGACGCGGGAAAUGAAAACAUUGUCAACAUUUGACCGUCACUUGAAGGCAGCAGCAGUCUGUCAGUUAUGUCUAAACUAGAGAAGUCAGACGUGGAAAAGACACGUCCCCCGCCUGUUAAAGUGCUGUCGGGGCAGCUGAGGGCCGCAGGGAACCGGGGCACCGCUGACAGCGAGGCCGGCUGCGUGAUCAGUCUGGGCAGGGGAAGCUCUUUGCCGGUCUCGCUUGUGUGGAUGCAGGGGACAGUGCUGAAAGUCCAGCAGGACAGAAACACCGUGCUGCUGAUAGAUGAGACGGGGACUUUCACUGUUCAAGGCGUUAACAACAUUCCCAAAGGGAAACCGUGCUUGUCCCAAGGCAAAUAUGUCAUGGUGAUGGGCGUCAUCCAGGCAGUCUCCCCAGAGCCUGUCAUCCGCGCAGUGAAGAUGGCAGACCUCUCCGAGCUUGCUGCGCUUCACAAACGGAUGUGGAAGCUGGAGGUGGAUGACCUGCAGCAGGUGCUGGCCUGAGUGCUGAACACUGGGUGGAGGUGCUGCUUCUGUUGCAGCUCAUAACAUAAUACUGAAGUGGGAAAUGCAAUGCUACCUCAGCGGCUUGUUUCUUGGAUUGGGUGCUGGAGAAACAGAGACUUGAGAUUAAGAAAACGUGUUCUUAAUCUAAAGAGGUCAAUGGAGCUGUAGGCCUGAAAACAACUAUAAAUUGGCCUACGUACACGUCAGGAUGAUUCAAAAAACCCAUUCUGCAUAAAGCCACCAGGACCACUCGUGCCUGUCACACUACUGGCCUAAGCUUGUGUUUAAUGUAAAUGGAGCUAUUUGUAGGAAAUGAUACUCCAACUAUUACAUGUUACCUUACAGCUCAACUGUUUAUAUACAAAAUACAGGCUCAUAAUAUAUGGACCAUAGUGAGACUGAAACAAUGUAUCAAAUUGCUUCCCUAAACUAGCAAAUAUCACAGUGAGAUGGGCUUUUCUGUAUGUUGAUACCAGAACUGUAUUCUUAAAUAAAAGCCAUUUCAAUACAGAUUAAAAAAGGAGCUUUAUUUG